AUGCGCUACCAAAAACUGGAGCUAGAAAAGCAAAAUGGUGGUUAUGUGGCCGGCGCUUCUCCUGCUGCUCCAUCUCCAUCAUGCCGUCGAUGCUCAAUCUGUACCUCCAAGAACCGUUGCGCCUGCAGCGCCGGCGUCUCCGGCGAACGUUUCAUCGACGUCUUCAAAGGCUUCGGUGGCUUCGGUGACUUCGACCGCUUCGACGGCUUCAACUUUUACGACGGUUUCGACCACAACACCCUCUACAAGCUCUUCCACGACUGCGAAAGGUUCAUCGUCGCCUACUACUGCCGCAUCCACGACUACGACACGUGUUUCUACCGCGGGAACUUCAGCGGCACCGACAUUAGCACCGAUACGCGACGCGAACGCAACGCUACGGCGAUUCGUUCAACCCCAAUUUCAGGCUGCAACGGCGACGACGUGGCGUGCCCGGCGGCCAAUGGAACUCAAGUGUGCACCCCGAUCGACCUGAUGCUCAACAAGACGACCUGUGAAAUUCGAGGCUGUCCGAAAGGCCAGGCCCCGAUCCACGUGGGAACGAAUCAGACGUUGACCUGCGUCCCGCUGACAAUACUCAGCGGUGGACUGUUGCCGUCGAUGUGGCAGUUUGCCGUCCUCCACCCUCCAGCACCCAACUGCCUCCCCUACAAAGAUACGGUGGCCUGCUCGAACUCGAACGGGACGCAGUACGCUUGCGUACACUACACGCAACUGGCCAACGUGUCCGGCGGCGGCUCCGCAGGGCUCCAGUGUACGGCGACUGAGUGUAAAGCCGCCGGCGAGCUGUUCUGCAACGGGACAUGCCUAAACGUGGACGACGUGGUCGCGGUGGGCCCGGACGGGCAAUGUAGAUUACACCCCAAGCCACAACCGGAGCCGGCCAACGCACCGGAGGUGAUCGUGAAAAAACCAAAGGCGGCCCAGAUGCACGCCGACUACACGGCCGUCAACAUUCUCAUCAUGGUCUUUUUGGGGAUUCUGGCGCUUCUCGCCGUGCUGGCUGUCAUCGUGUAUUUUGCGCUGAAACGAUCCGCGAAGAACAAGAAGAAAAAGAAGAGCACCAGCUCGGAACACACGUACGGCUCCGAUCCGGAACCGCCGGUCAAAAAGAAGAAGUGCACCAAGAGCGACAAGGAGGACAAUCUCGACCCGGCGUUCCUGACUAUCAUUGACGACAAGGCGAGCCACGCGGCGUCGGCGAUACGCUCCACCCAC